AUGGAAAAAGAUGGAAUACGUGGCAGCGACACUUUUAAGACUCUAGAAGAAAUUCUCUGUUUGGGACAAGAACAUAAGGUUGAUUUUAUCCUGCAAGGUGGCGAUCUCUUCCACGAGGUUCGUCCCUCCAUUCGAUGUCUGAAUGAAGUCCUCCGACUUUUUCGCACCCACUGCCUCGACGAAAGCCCAGUUCAAUUCGAACUGCUCAGCAAUCCUGCGCUCAUCUUCGCCAACACUUCCUAUCCUGGUGUCAACUACCUCGAUUUAAAUCUCAACAUUGGCCUCCCCAUCUUCGCCAUCCACGGCAACCACGACGACCCGAGCGGAUUUGGCAGCGUCUGUCCUCCAGACCUCCUCCACACCUGUGGUUUCAUCAACCUCUUCGGCAAAUUCGAUAGUGUGGAGGAACUGGAAGUUAGCCCUCUCUUGUUUCGCAAGGGUUCUACCAAUUUGGCAAUCUAUGGAAUUGGCGCGAUUCGAGAAGAGCGCUUGCAUCGUCUCUUUCGUGACAACAAGAUCACCUUUCUUCGACCGGACCAGGGCGAGUGGUUUUCGAUCGCGGUAAUUCAUCAGAACCGAGUUCGUCAUGGACCCACUGGAUAUCUUCCAGAGAACUUUUUGCCCUCAUUUCUCGAUCUAGUGGUUUGGGGACAUGAGCACAGCUGUCGAAUUGAGCCAGAGUGGAAUGGUACGGGCAAUUUCUACGUAAUCCAACCGGGAAGUUCGGUGGCCACCUCGUUGAGUGAAGGCGAAGCAGUUGAAAAGUGUGCCGGUCUCUUGGAGAUUCGAGACAUGGAAUUCAAGUUGACUAAACUGCCAUUGCGCUCGGUACGCAGGUUCGUGUUCGAGGAGGUGGUAUUGAAAGAUGAGUUAUCAGAGGUAGACGUCAAUUCACCCGAUGUGGGCUUGCGCGUGGAGCAGUUGUGUACUGCGCGCAUCCAGGCAGCUAUCGAUCAAGCUGUCGUGGUGACCGCAGAAUCACGUCAGCAGGAACGCGUGGUGAAGGCAGAGGAGGGUGCGUCAGAAGCGAUGAUAUUCAAACAGCCGUCAGAACCGCUGGUCAGACUGCGCGUUGACACAAGCGGUGGUUUUGAGAGAUUCAGCGCACUUCGAUUUGGUCAGAAGUUUGUUGGACGCGUGGCCAAUCCCAAGGACCUGAUCACCUUCACUACCAAGCGCGAUGACGCUACGUGUCGUGGAACCGCCAUUAACACCACUGCCUUCUCUCAGCCCGGGACAGGUUUGAAUUCCGCAACGGAGCGAGGCGGCUUUUCAGUAAACGAUGUGGAAUUUUUCAUCAGCCGUUACUUUGCCUCAAACUCUAAGCUCCAGUUAGAGCUCCUCACCGAGGUGGAGAUGGCCACGGCGCUGCGCCACUUCGUCAUUGGUGCUGACAACGAGGCCAUCCACACUACUGUGGCAAAGAUGAUGGCUCAGACUCGGGGUCAUCUGGCUGAAGUCCGAUGUGGUGAAGAGGAAAUCAUCCCAGAGGUCAUGCGAUUCGCAAACAUUCGUAGGAAAGCUGAGGUUGAUGAUAAAGCUGCAAGUGGUGGACCUCCAAUGCACGAAUCUACUCCUUCCGCUUCAGUCAUUGAUGCCGGUUCUGUCAAAACAGAGUCCAUAGAGGAAGCUAUAUCGGACACAUCUGUAUCUACCCGCAGACGAUUGAAACGGAUAACCAGCCCCUUCGUUGCCACCUCUUCAGAUGAGUCGCGGGGUGAAACAGAAGAUCAAAUGCUUCUGAAUAUCAUUGAGGAGGUGUCAGAGGACGGUGAAAAUGUUUUUCGUACCGGCUGCGAUCGACCAAGUUCGAGUGCCCAUUCGAUUUCUGAAAAACAAAAUUCCACCGGCCGCAGACGAGGAGGUGGGAGACGUGGAUUUGGCGGUAAGGCCCCUCGGAGAGGCUUUGGCCUCACAAGGCGUGCGGCUGCAGCUAUCCCCGAAAUUUCAGACACUGAGGCGAUCUGCAUCGAUUCGGGAGAAUCCAAUGACUUCGGCGAGAUAUCAUUCGACCUUAGGCGGAAAAGAGGUCGACGUGGAUGA